AUGUUCCGCCACUGUAUCGACGACAUCUGCCUUGGAUUCCGCGGUCACCUCAGCAAAGCGUUCCUGCUUGACGCAUACUGUCUGUACAACACUCUCAUGGUUCGCACCCGCUUUAUGGUCGAAGACUUCCCCCAUCCCAGAACCCAUCACGUCACGACCUCGCUGGCUAGCCCGAUUUUCGAAGAGAAGACGGACAUCGAGAAGCAUCUUACCCACCUCACGUUACGUAUCGUCUUGCCUGGGUACAUCAAAGGCGCCCUGCAGGCCUCUGUAGCCGGAGACGCUUUGCUGAAGCAAUUGGACGAAGGGUGGCUGGAAGAACAGAGGCACGGCGCCAUCCAGCUUGUGCAGAACGCCAUCAGGAAGCGUGGCGACGGGCUUACAUUUCUUCUCGUGCAUGACAACGUGGCUUCCAGGAAGAUGGAGCUGUUGAAGAAGGACACAGGGGUCGUGUGA